AUGCCUCCCUCGACCGUCUUCUCAUACUGGCGCAGAGAUCAUCGCCGCUCGAUCGCGCCACCAGUGUCCUUGCCCGCACCGACGUCAGGUCCCAAGAGUGCGACGGACAGCCCGAUCAGUCCUCCUCAGCUCCCCGAGAUCCCUGAUACCCCGACCCUCACCUCCCCGUUUGGCGAGUCACAGACACUCGAUGCGCCCCCAUGGAGCGAUUCACCGGUUGAAAAUGACGCGUCGAAGCGGAACGUCAACAGCUCUGUCGCUCCGUUAUCUUCCUCCGCCAGCUUGGCUGUCCCGUCCCCGUUAACCGAGAGAGAUAACCGCCCGCAUUCGAGUCCUGGAGAACAGGAGCCGGAGGUUGGCCUUACAUCACAGGCGAGCACGUCGCAACUCCCAGUCCCUGGCUUACGGCCUGAACAGGAUGAUGGAGAGUCAAAUUCAAAGCCGAGUUCGCCAUUUCGCUUAUCAUUUGGCAAGGGAUUGCGGAACUUGCAGGCGCCAACAGCUGAACCCCAGAGGCGCCCACUUAGCACUGGGCCAGGACCAAGCCAAUUUCGAUUAAAGACCUCGCCUGAUGAUUCACCAGCCGAGAAGACGUUUAUACCCGGGAGAGAGUUGAGGAUGGAAGCGCCGAGCGCGAGGCGAGUGAUUGAACGUGAUGUAUCAACCGAGAAUUCCCAUCACAAAUCCGGCAAGGCGAUGCUCCAUCUCUUGAACCCAAUGUCACUUCUCGCUCGCAGGCGAUCCUCACAGAUAGGUAGCUCACGUGUGGAUGAUGCGAAGAUCAACACUCCCGAUUUGAUACCCGCUAUCCCUGAUGACUAUGACCCGAGAAUUCGUGGAAAUAUUGUACACGAUUUUUCGGCUCCGCGACCGCGUCGCAAUGUAUCAUUCAAUGCGGCCGUUCCGCCCGAUGGGAAUAGCAGUUUGAAUGCCCGAGAGACCAGAUGGCACGAUCAGACCAAAAGACAUAGCGAUUAUUCGCCGGUGUUCAAGGAGCAUUUCGAGGACGACCAAAAAGUGCUACAGGUCGAAAACAAGGGCUAUCUUCAGUCAAGCUUGUUGACGAACCCCACCCAACAUGGUUAUGAGAGGUCAAUACCAGUGUUUGCCAGGAAUCUGCCUUCUUAUCUAUCGGAUGAAACUACCGAGACCGCUGAGCAGAAGGUAUCUUCACUGGUAGAGCUACCUGCAGAUGUGCCAGUGGAGCUGCCCGCCGAAGUUCCUUCAAAUAUACCGCAAGAGAACACCCCAACUCACCAGCAGGACCAAGACACGAUCCCCCAUGUACCUCAGCCGAGCUCAGGCUUGCCUCGACAUCUUAAAAGUAAUGCCUCUCGAUUCAGCUUUGAUAUGGGCGGCGUGGAAUCUUCUACCCAGGAGAAGCUGCUUGAAGAGAAACAUAAGGCCAAGGAAGCACAGCGUAAGCUGGAAGAUGGCUACUUUGAUGACUUUGAUGACGAGUUUGAUCAUGAUCUUAUGGAUGACUAUGAUGGCCUUGAGGAAAAGAUUCCCGGCGUUAAUGCUGAUGCCGACGAUGACGAUUACUUGGCACCGUCAAUGGUCAAGUCUUGGGCUGUACCCGGGCUGUCACCUGUAGUUGCAAGUCCAAUCACACCUGCCCCGCCUGAGAUCCCUGAAACUCUGAUGGGCACUGCUCCCGUCGACUUGGAGGACGAUGUUGAUUCAAUUUACGAUGACGAGAUACUCGAAGAGGAACUGGAAUCCGUUGACGAGCCGCAAGAGGUGCAACGACCUCUGCCAUUGAGCGUCCAUAACCCAGAGGCCAAUCCUCAUACAAUACCCACCAUGCAUGUAGGCCCUCCUGUACUAGAUGAUGAUGACGACGACCUAUACUUUGAUGACGGAGAAUUCGGGGACCUGACUCUUGACGAUCAGGAUGCAGGCUUCGACGAGUCUGUCUUUGAUGAUGAGACUAGUCAUCUCUAUGAACGGAAGCCAGUGGCCCCACCACCGGCACGACAAGCAUCUCAGAGCACAAUCCGCAGCGGGGAUGCUCUUGAAAGAGAAUUUCUCCUGGACGAGGCCGCCAGCCAGGGACUCAAGCAUAUGCCUAGCGUGGCUAGUGAAUUCGGAGUUGGCCCCGUCAAGCGUGGCCCACUUGGUGAGCCAAUACCCAAUAUGGGACCUGCUCGGGCUCAUGGAGGAGUACUUACUGAGCGAAACCUGGAGGUGCUGCAUAAUGCUCUGGCAUUUGCCGCCAAUGAAGCCGCUACUCAAGGCCGGUUCGAACGUACUUUUAGUACAAGCGACCGAUCUGUCGCACAGGAAAGUAUUUCUCAAGCGUCGCACACGGCCGAGUCCCAGCCUGGUCUCGUGUCGGAUGACAGUCGCCUCAGCCAAGGGGCAGAUAUGGUCGGCUUUGACGAUUUCCUCGACGAUCAAAUCUACGACGACGAUGCGUACUACGACGAUCCCAUCGUUGCUGCGGCCAAUGCUGAAGCUCUUGAGAAUGACGACGAGGGCUUCUACGGGCAAGAGUUUGGCUUCUAUGCUCAAGCACACGGUACGUGUAGCAGCGAAAUGACCAAUGGUGGAUACUUUGGUCCCCGCGGCGUCGAAGGGAUUACUCGCCAUCACAGCAGUCGCGGCAAGUUCCAGGAACCCAGCCUGACUCCCAUCACGGAGCGUAGUGAAUGGAGCACUCGCAACUCUGUAAUCUCAUUGAAAGCGCAUGGUGGCACCCAUUCAAACCCAUCCCUGGCCAGUCCCGGCUUGGCGCAGCUCGUUGAUCUGGGCAACAUGGACGACGAGAUGUCAUUGAGUGCAUUACUCAAGCUGCGUCGUGGCGCCUGGGGUGGCAGUAAUGGUAGCUUGCGCAGCAGUGCAGGUAGCCCGCCUCCUCAUGCGCUCUCGUCCUCCAACCGUGGCAGCUUCAUUGCUGCCUCGGAGGCGAGCCCGUCCGAGGCACGACCCUCUGUGGAGGAGAGUUUGGCAAAUAUUGGCUAUCACCAUGACGAUGGCCAUGUUUAUCCCACCUCACCGCUUCGAGACAGCCGUCGCGGAUAUCCCGGCGAGUUUCCGCCAAGCGGAAUGGACGGUCCGAUAAGCAGCACCGACCACCACCACGAAGUGCCGAGCAUCGGCGCUCAACAACAACAACAAUCACAACUCCAACAUGCCAAUGUUGUGUAA